AGCCCUGUACAUUAUAUAUACAUAUUACACCCGCCCGGAGGGGUGGCAGCCCACCAUCUGUGAGAGCGAGAGGAGGACUCCACCAGGACCGUCUCUCGGACCGCUUCCAGGAUGUCUGUGGCUGUGGCCCCGGCUGGGCUGACCCUUGACAUUGGUGACCCGCAGGUCCAAGAGGCAGCGAUUCGGAUCCAGGCCUCAUACAGGGGACACAGAUCGCGUAAGGAGCUGAGGGAGAAGGGUCCUCCUAAGAUCUUGCAGCCCCUGAAGGACGUGGUGCUGCUGGAGGGCAGCGCAGCCCGGCUGGAGUGCAGGGUGAGCGCGUUCCCCGACCCCUUCAUCGUGUGGGCCAAGGACGGCGGCGAGCUGAAGGACGGGCUCAAGUACCGCUACGUGUUCGAGGACCCCGACGUGGUGGCGCUGGUGGUGCGUGAUGGGACGCUGGAGGACCUGGGCCAGUACACCGUCACCAUCAAAAACCCCUUUGGGAUGACCACGGGAUCCGCCCGUAUCAUCGUGGAGGCUCCUGCAAGGAUUACAAAAGGCCCAAACAAUCAGACCGUGGUGGGCGGAGCCACCGUGGUGCUGAAGGCAGAGAUUGGUGGAGAGCCGCCUCCAGAUGUGGGCUGGCUCAGAGACGGGGAGGACAUUGAGGAGGAUGACAGAGUGUUCUAUGACAUCGGGGAGACGACCACCAUCCUGACCAUCAAAAACGCGCAGCAUGCAGAUGCAGGGAAGUACGAGGUCUUUGUGGAGAACAACCUGGGAACGGACCAGUCCUUCGCCCGCGUCGAUGUUCUAUGAGCCCGAGAGAGGAGGCCACUGUCUCCCUCUCACAGAAGCUACCAGACCCCUCCCCCCCACUGUCAGCCACCCCAUACCCCCCAACUCCACCCUCC